CACUAAUCUGUGGUAAGGACCGAUCUGCGUUAGUCUGUGCUGCUGUUUCAUUAACUUUUUUUAAACGGUGUUUCAUUUUCGUUAGAAAACAUGAAAAAUCUUAAAGUACUAUUGUUAUUAUUACUAUGUUUAAAUAAAGUUUUUGGAAAAAAACGUAACCCAGAAGAAAAACCAGAAUGGGCAAAAAAAGAUAUUAGAGAUUUUUCUGACGCAGACAUGGAACGGCUUUUUGAUCAAUGGGAGGAAGAUGAAGAACCUCUACCUGAAGAUGAAUUACCCGAACAUCUAAAGAAACCACCUGCUAUAGAUUUGACCAAGAUGGAUAUGUCAAACCCUGAAUCUGUUUUGCAAGCAACUAAAAAAGGUCAAACAUUAAUGAUGUUUGUUACAGUGGCUAAUAAACCAUCCAAAGCCAGAGCAGAAGAAUUGACUAAAAUAUGGCAAGCCAGUCUUUGGAGUAAUCACAUACAGGCAGAAAGGUACUUGAUAGAUGAUGACAGAGCUAUAUUUAUGUUUAAAGAUGGAUCUCAAGCAUGGACUGCAAAAGAAUUCCUUCUGGAACAAGAAGAAUUAAAAGAUGUUCAACUUGAAAGUCAGACAUAUACUGGUAAAAAACCAGAUAUUAGAAAUAAAGCUGUUAGAGAUGAGUUAUAGAUCUAAAUACAUUCCUA